AUGCGGAGACUCGCUGCCUGGGCCGUCCUCGGCUCUAUCCUUCUACCUACGACGUUAGCUCAAGGAGAAACCAAAGUUCAUGAAAAGGGCCGAUGCGCAAUUCGCGGCCAUUGUGGGAAGAAGUCGUUCUUCGGUGGUGAGCUGCCCUGUCCCGAUAAUGGGCGUGCCGCGGAUCCGGAACCAGCGGUCAGGAAGAAGCUGGUCGAUUUGUGCGGUACCAAGUGGGAAGAUAGCCCUAUCGAUGCGCUCGCUAAGAACCUGAAGCUCGCCGAAGGCAUCAUUGCCUCCUGUCCUGCCUGCAAAGAGAACUUUUUCAACACAUUCUGCACCUUCACAUGCUCUCCCGAUCAGUCCCUCUUCGUGAAUGUCACCCAGACUGACGAAGCCCGUGGCAAAACCCUAGUCACCGAAAUAGACAACAUCUGGUCCGAGGAGUACCAAAGCGGAUUUUACGAUAGCUGCAAGAACGUGAAGAAUGGCGCCUCAGGCGGCAAAGCGAUGGAUUUCAUUGGCGGGGGCGCAAAGAAUUAUACACAAUUCAUGAAAUUUCUAGGAGACAAGAAGCUCCUGGGAAGUCCUUUUCAGAUCAACUACAAAACCGAACCUGUCGGCCCAGACCCUCAGGGCAUGAUGCCUUUGCCCAUCACACCGAAGGCAUGCAACGAUUCAGACGAAGCGUUCCGCUGUUCCUGUGUGGAUUGCCCUGAUGUUUGCCCGGAGCUGGCCCCUGUACAAGCAGAUAAGCACUGUCAUGUCGGGCUUCUGCCUUGUCUUUCGUUUUCGGUCAUCUUGAUAUACUCGAUCUUCCUCCUGUUCGUGGCUGGCCUCUCAAGCUUCUUCACCUAUAGAGAACGGCGAUACCGCAAGCCGGAACGGGUUCGGUUGCUACAGGACCCUGCCCCCAGUGACGAUGAAGAAGACGGCGAGAUCGUUCAUUCAGCCGGCUACCUGGAGACACCGACAAGCAUAUAUAAAUUAAACUCCGCCCUAGAAUCACUUUUCAAUCGCAUCGCCGGCGCGUGUGCACGGUUCCCAGCGGUUACCAUUACAUCCAGUGUUUUGGUAGUGGCGCUACUCAGCCUUGGUUGGCUUCGGUUCGCGGUGGAAACAGACCCAGUACGCCUCUGGGUUAGCCCAACUUCAGCGGCUGCUCUGGAGAAAGAAUAUUUUGACCAAAAUUUCGGACCGUUCUACCGAGCCGAGCAAGCCUUCUUGGUCAACGACACUUCUGAUGGGGCACAUGGUCGCGUUUUGAGCUAUGAGACGCUGAGCUGGUGGUUUGAUGUUGAGUCUCGUGUGCGCCGGAUGAUCUCACUGGACCGCGGCCUGAUACUAGACGACGUUUGCUUCAAGCCCACCGGAGAUGCCUGCGUCGUUCAGUCUCUGACAGGCUACUUCGGUGGGUCUGUCAUGAAUUUGAACCCUGACACAUGGCAGGAUCGCCUUGUUCAUUGUACGGAAUCCCCUGGUGAUGUGAGUUGUCUUCCAGACUUUGGACAGCCUCUCCGACCAGAAAUGAUCCUUGGUGGUUAUGGAUCGGGUAACGUGCUCGACUCGAAAGCCCUCAUUGCAACCUGGGUUGUCAACAACUACGCACAAGGCACCGAAGGUGAGGCGAACGCUAUCGACUGGGAGGUCAGCUUCAAGGGUAUUUUUGAUGUGGUGCAAGAAGAAGCGAGAGAACGAGGCUUGCGUGUCUCUUUCAACACCGAGAUCAGUGUUGAGCACGAAUUGAACAAGUCCAGCAACACGGAUGCAAAGAUUGUGGUUAUCAGCUAUGUCAUCAUGUUCAUCUACGCCUCCUUAGCGCUGGGAUCAGUCACUGUGACAUGGAAAUCGCUACUCGGAAAUCCAGCCAACGCACUUGUCCAAUCCAAGUUCACCCUGGGAAUUGUGGGUAUCGUGAUCGUGCUCAUGUCAGUCUCUGCCUCGGUUGGACUCUUCGCCGCGGCCGGUGUCAAGGCCACUUUGAUCAUUGCCGAAGUCAUCCCAUUCCUUGUGCUUGCCGUGGGCGUGGACAAUAUCUUCUUGAUCGUUCAUGAAUUUGAGCGGAUCAACGUGAGCCAUCCGGAUGAAGAGAUCGAUCAACGCAUUGCCCGCGCUGCAGGUCGUAUAGGCCCCAGCAUCUUUCUGUCAGCGAUUACCGAAACGGUCGCAUUUGCCUUGGGCGCCUUUGUUGGAAUGCCGGCAGUCAGAAAUUUCGCCGUCUACGCAGCAGGCGCUGUCUUCAUUAACGCACUAUUGCAGAUCACAAUGUUCAUAUCCGUCCUUGCCUUGAACCAGAGACGCGUGGAGAGCCUGCGGGCAGAUUGUUUCCCAUGCGUGACGGUGCGGAAAGCACACUCUGGCAUGCCUGAGGACCAUAUCUAUGAUGAGCAGGAUGGUGAAAGCGCUUUACAGAAGUUCAUCCGCAAAGUCUAUGCCACAAACCUUCUUAGGCGCGGCGCCAAGGUCAUCAUCGUGCUUGUCUUCCUGGGACUUUUUACAGCUGGCCUGGCUCUGAUCCCGGAGGUCCCUCUUGGUCUGGACCAACGAAUUGCCUUGCCGAGUGACUCCUACCUGAUAGAUUAUUUUGAUGAUUUGAACAAAUAUUUCGGAAGUGGUCCACCGGUGUAUUUUGUGACCCGGGAUGUGAACGUGACUGAGCGUCGUCAUCAGCAACAGCUCUGUGGAAGAUUCACCACAUGCGACGAGUACUCGUUAUCGUUUGUUCUGGAACAGGAGUCGAAACGUCCUAAUGUGUCAUACAUCUCGGGAUCCACGGCCAGCUGGAUUGACGAUUUCUUCUACUGGUUGAACCCCCAGCAGGAUUGUUGUGUUGAGGAUGGCAAGCCGUGUUUUGAAGACCGAAACCCACCGUGGAACAUUUCUCUCUAUGGUAUGCCAGAAGGAGAAGAGUUUAUCCAAUACUUGGAGAGAUGGGUUGAGGCCCCAACAGAUGCUUCAUGCCCUCUUGGUGGAAAGGCGGCAUAUAGCACGGCCCUUGUCAUUGAUCCCAAGCACGUCAUGACCAAUGCCAGCCAUUUCCGCGCCACCCACACACCACUCCGGACUCAGGAAGACUUUAUCAACUCGUAUAAAGCGGCCCGCCGCAUUGCACGGGAUAUUUCAGCGGAACAUGGUAUCGAUGUGUUCCCUUACUCCAAGACCUACAUCUUCUUCGAUCAGUACGUGUCUAUUGUUCAACUAACAGGCACCCUACUUGGAUUUGCUGUGGCUAUCAUUUUUGCCUUGACGUCUCUCAUCCUUGGGUCGAUUGCAACGGGCGCUGUGGUUACUGCUACUGUUGUGAUGAUCGUUGUCGACAUUAUCGGGGCCAUGGCUGUGGCUGGCGUAUCCUUGAACGCGGUCUCCCUGGUCAACCUGAUCAUCUGUGUCGGCAUUGGGGUCGAGUUCUGCGCUCAUAUUGCCCGAGCGUUCAUGUUCCCGUCUCGUACUAUUUUGGAUAAGGUGCCGUCCAAGUUCCGCGGCAAAGAUGCUCGCGCCUGGACCGCACUGGUCAAUGUCGGAGGGAGCGUCUUUAGCGGAAUUACGCUCACCAAACUUCUCGGUGUUUGCGUUUUAGCAUUUACGCACAGCAAGAUCUUUGAGAUCUAUUACUUCCGUGUCUGGCUGGCCUUGAUCAUCUUUGCCGCCACGCAUGCGCUGAUCUUUUUGCCAGUAGCCCUCAGCUACUUUGGCGGCGAAGGGUACGCUGAUCCAGGCUCCGACGGAGGCCUUGAAGAGAAUCUCGCGUCCAGGGGCUAUCGCUCUCUGCUCGUUGAUGAUGAUUAUGAUUCGGACCACUACUAG